GAGGGGAAGAGUGGUUGUCAGCUAGUAGCCGCCACUUUGAAUCACCUGCGUCAUCCAUACCAGCUGUUGUUGGUUCCUCUCACCAUCUGGUCAGGAGUAGAACGGGCAUUCCUCGGCGCAGAUUUCACAGCUGCCUACGUAUCCUGCAGCCUGGGCAUCCACAUGGUAGGGUUCAUCAUGAUCUGCUACGGGGCCUUCGACGUCCUGGCCUCCAUGAGUGCCAGCACCAUGGUCAAGUUCCUCGGGAGGGUGCCGGUGAUCGUCAUGGCUUUCCUCAUCAACUUGUCUCUGAUCGUCACCUUGAUUUACUGGAUUCCGAACCCGCAGCAAAUGCCCGUUUUCUUCGCCAUCUCUGGACUUUGGGGAUUUGCUGACGGUAUUUGGCAGACGCAGAUUAACUCGCUGUACGGAGUCCUUUUCGCGGGAAACACCGAAGCAGGCUUCAGCAACUGCCGCCUGUGGGAAGCCACGGGCUUCACGAUAGCCUUCGCUUGCAGCUCCGUCCUAUGCAUCUCUUCCAAGAUCGUGGUUAUCGUCACGUUCUUAGUCCUCGGGGUGACUGGAUACCUCAUCAUCGAAAUGAUCGAGAGACUGGGUGGCCUCAAAAGACGAGACGAUUGAUUAUAUAACUGUCUAUAGGUCUAGUCUCUCUUUACAACUGUCGAAGAUGGCUAUAGAUCUAGUCUCUCUCGCUCUUUCUCUCUCUAGGCGUUCACCAGAUUGACCACGACGCUAAAUGAGUGACGAAAGCAUCUGAAAGCAUUAUCUCGGACACGUGGUACCUCCCUGAAUUCAUGAAGGGGUAAUAAUGAAUAUAGACGAGUCCAAUACCUAAUUCUCAUCGGACGAUUUGCUUAUUCAUGGCUUGCAUUAUUGGUCAGUGCAUUAGGGGUUAAUAAGCUCCGUGGUUGCAGAGAAGGCGCAAUUCGUCAGUGCAUUAUGAGCCUGAACGCUUAACGAUGGUGCAUUUAUCAGUGCAUUCAAAACUAUAUUAAUAUGUCUUUGACAGAUGCGUCUAUUUUCUAUAAAGGUCAAUUUGGACUAUUUUAGGUAUGUUUGGUGCUUCCUGUGCAAAGUGAAAGAAAUAAGAUAAACUAUUGUAAUAAAUUAUGAAUAGUUAUGAACAGAAAACUGAUAAACUUCAUCUUCAAAUACUGAUUUUUAAAGAUAUAAAUCAUAAAAUGUUAUUUAAAAAAAAACAAAAAAACUUUAUGCGUGAA